CCGGCGACAACGCAUGCGCAGAGGCUCCCGAGCCGAGAAGUGAGGGGGGGGGGGGGGGACUGUCCCACAAACACCCGGAGCGGCACCGAGGAGCUCUUUUAUCUUUCGUCUCCAUCGUCCUCGUCAACAUGUCGGCGGCCAGUGACUUUGGGAACCCUCUACGGAAAUUCAAACUGGUCUUCCUGGGGGAGCAGAGUGUUGGAAAGACGUCCCUGAUCACACGCUUCAUGUAUGACAGCUUCGACAACACCUACCAGGCAACCAUCGGGAUUGACUUCCUGUCGAAAACCAUGUACCUGGAAGACCGAACGGUGAGGCUGCAGCUGUGGGACACGGCGGGACAAGAGCGCUUCAGGAGCCUGAUCCCGAGCUACAUACGAGACUCCACCGUGGCCGUGGUGGUCUACGACAUCACAAACAUGAACUCCUUCCAGCAGACGUCCAAGUGGAUCGAGGACGUGAGGACAGAGCGAGGAAGUGAUGUCAUCAUCAUGCUGGUGGGCAAUAAAACCGACCUGGCAGAUAAGAGGCACAUCACCAUUGAGGAAGGCGAGCAGCGGGCUAAAGAGCUGAGUGUCAUGUUCAUAGAGACCAGCGCCAAGACAGGUUUCAACGUCAAACAGUUGUUUCGCCGUGUAGCCGCCGCUCUCCCCGGGAUGGAAAGUAUGCAGGAGAGCAGCAAAGAAGGAAUGAUCGACAUCAAGUUGGACAAACCGCAGGAGCCGCAGACGAGCGAGGCGGGCUGCUCGUGUUAAUCGUGGCCACGCCCGCUUCCACCUCCCUCCCCCGUGCUUCUUACAUCGUCGCUUCCUUUUGGUUUGAAGGCCUCCUCCUGGUCCCCGACCGACUGCUGGUCAGUGUUGACAGAGAAAGCAAUGUGUCCGUGAAGCGGCCAAAAAGAAACACCACGAAGACGACCUAACCGUCCAGAUCCCCCACUUUGUUUUUUGUAUUUUUGAUAAUGUUGUUUGAGAUCCAGGAUGACCCCACCUCCCUUGUUAGCGUCCUGGGAAGUCCACCACUCAGCCUUUUAGACCAAGUAUCCAUGCAUGCUUCUGUCUGUGUCAGGUAACAUUACACACACACACACACACACACACACACGCUUGUCUUUCUUAACUUUUUGAGACCUUCGAAAAUUGCCUGCCCCUUUAGGACCACCCUUUCUAGAUAUAUAAAGAAGUGUAUUUACAACAUUGAUAAUAUAUACAUACUAUGCAAAUAUAACAAAGUUUGUUGUGAAAAAUGAGUUGGAAGAAAAAGGUCACAAUGUCACAAGCAGAAAUUUGGCAGUGUUAAGAUAAAAGUCGUAAUUUUACCCAACGUAAGUCAAAAUGUGAAUUGGAUUAUAUUUUAUAUAGCGCUUUUCUCUAGUGACUCAAGGCACUUUUACGUCUUGAAACCCAAUAUCUAAGUUACAUUUAAACCAAUGUGAGUGGGUCUGGGAGCAGGUGGGUAAAGUGUCUUGCCGAAGGACAAAAAGGCAGUGACUAGGAUGGCAAAAGAGGGGAUCGAACCUGGAACCCCUCAAACAUACUGGCCAACUCCCGAAAUUCAGCGCCUCUCCCGAAAACCUCCCGGGAGCUGAAGGCCACGCCUCUUCCAGCUCCAUGCGGACCUGAGUGAGGACAGCCUGUUUUCACGUCCGCUUUCCCACAAUAUAAACAGCGUGUCUGCCCAAUGACGUUAUAACUGUAGAAUGAUCGAGGGCGAGUUCUUGGUUUCUUAUGUGGGUUUAUUGUUAGGGAGUUUCAUUAACGUCCUCCCAGCGCGGUAACAACACACAACAACAGCAGUCCCGUUUUCGUCUACUGUAAAGCAGUUCGUCUGCCGUAAACAGCAAUGUCGUGACACUCUUAAACAGGACAAUACUGCCAUCUACCGUACAUGCAUAUGGUUGGAAAAAUAGUGACAGAGAAUAGAACAAGGAUGGACAAUUCAACCCUUAACAAUCAGUAGAUGAGUGUUGUGUGUGUGUAUACGUGUAAAAAAAACAAUUUAUUUUAUGUAUAUAUAUAGCUAGAAUUCACUGAAAGUCAAGUAUUUCUUAUACAUAUAUAUAUAUAUAUAUAUAUAUAUGUAUGUAUACGUAUGAAAUACUUGACUCUUAACAACGCCCCCAACAAUGCCCCCCACCCCCUGAAAUCGGAGGUCUCAAGGUUGGCAAGUAUGCCCUCAAGUUGCUGGCACAGCCACUCUACCAACCGAGCUAUACCGCCCCAUGUUACAAGAAAAACUAAACUUUUGUGCAAUAUUAUGAUAAAAGUUGGAAUUUUUCUCAAAGACAGUUGUAAUUUUACAAGAACAGCUAAACAUUUUGGCAAUUUCAUGAAAAGACUAUUAAUUUUGCUCAAGUCACAAAUGUAUGAGAAAACUUUUGGCAAUGUAUUAGUUAUAAUCGGAAUUUUACUCGGCAAAAUGACAAAAGUCAUAAUUUUACUCCAAAAAUGUCACUAUUUUACCGGAACAACAAAAAAAUUGGCAAUAUUGUGCUAAAAGCCAGAAUUGGUAAGACAAAUGUCACAAUUUUACAUAAAAAAGUAAUAAUUUUACAUUAAGUAAUAAUUUUACAAGAAAAUAUUGCAAUAUUACUGAAAAAGAAAGAAUAUGCGCAAAUGUUUCCAAUUUCAUAAGAAAAAUUUUGACAUGUGAGAAAAAGACUGCUUUUAGGUAAUUUUUUGUUGUUGAAUUUUUUUGUUUUUAAUUAUUUUUCAAUCUUCAUUAUAUACUUCAAGUUAUUACAGUAUGUCUCUGUAUACAUAUUUAUCUUUUUUAUAUAAAUUGUGGCCAAAGCAUUUCAAUUUCUUACACACACUUGUUAUUUCAUAUGUUGACCAGAGGGGCGCACUUCAAAUUUUUUACACACACUUGUUAUUUCAUAUGUUGACCAGAUGGGAAGCACUUCAACUUUUGAUUACACACACUUGUUAUUUCAUAUGUUGACCAAAGGAGGGGGGCACUUGAACUUUUGUUUACACACACUUGUUAUUUCAUAUGUUGACUAGAGGUGGAGCACUUGAACUUUUGAUUACACAGACUUGUUAUUUCAUAUGUUGACCAGAGGUGGAGCACUUCAACUUUUGAUUACACACACUUGUUAUUUCAUAUGUUGACCAGAGGGGAAGCACUUCAACUUUUUUCUACACACACUUGUUAAUUCAUAUGUUGACCAGAGGGGGAGCACUUUUAAUGAGACAUUGUCUAUUAGAUGCAAUGUUAUUGGGACCAUGAUUUAUGUCAUCACUUGUUCACACCUCCUCAUAUGGAAGAUACUUUUCCUUCUUCAUGUCUCAAGAAGGCUAGAAAUACAAGCACACACACACACACACACACACACACCAGUGUGUUACAUUGUGUACACGUGCACUCGCUUGUAAAUAUGUGAGCCCAGGACAAACUUUGACCUUUGACACUGCACGGGACGAGGACCACUUUGUUACUUUCAUAGCGCAGCCUCUAAAGUUGAACACGUUGCCAUGGUGAUCCUCACAUAGUGUACGUGCGAUGAUCAUAUUCCACUACCGUCUAUAAAUCGUUAUUUCGAUGUGUAUCGCAUGGUUAGAGCUUUUCUUCUCCUCCCGUAAUUUUAACUUAAUUACUUUUAAUUUAAUAAUUAUGAAUUUUUGGUCUCAUAAUUGAGUUUUAUUUCAUCAUUUUGAUCUCUUAAUUAUGACUUAUCUCAUUUAAACUUUCUUAUCCAAUAAUUUCGAUUUAUUAUCUAAUAAUUUCUAUUUUAAUUAUUUCGAUUUGUAUCUCAUAAUUAGGACAUUUUUAUAUUUAGAAGUUUUACUUUUUAUUUAAUAGUUGUGAUUUUUUGAUCUCAUAAUUAUGACUUUUCUCAUAAUUUCAACUUUCUUAUUCCAUAAUUUCGACUUUUUAUCUAAUUUAAAUUUUUAAUUAUUUCGAUUUGCCUAAUUAGGACUUUUUAAUAUUUUUAUAUUUUGUAUUUUUUAUAUUUAGAAUUUUUACUUUUUAUUUAAUAAUUAUGAAUUUUUUGGUCUCAUAAUUAUGAGUCUUAUUUCAUAAUUUUGAUUUUUGAUCUCAUAAUUAUGACUUAUCUCCUAAUUUCAACUUUUAUCCCAGUAUUAGAACUUUUAAAUCUCAUAAUUUCAACUUUCUUAUCCCAUAAUUUCGGUUUUUUAGCUCACAGUCAUGAUCACUUUUUGUCUAAAAAUGUCAACUUUACCAGCUCAUUAUUUCGAUGUGUAUCUCAUAAUUAGGGCUUUUUCCCCCUCGUAACUAACUUAAUUGCUUUUUAUUUAAUAGUUAUGAAUUUUUGGUCUCAUAAUAUAGUUUUAUUUCGUCAUUUUGAUCUCAUAAUUAUGAAUUAUUUCAUACUUUCAACUUUCUUAUCCCAUAAUUUCGACAUUUUAGCUCAUAAUUAUGACUUUUUAUCUAAUAAUUUCAACUUUAAUAUUUCGAUUUGUAUCUCAUUAGAACGUUUUCAUAUUUGGAAUUUUCACUUUUAUUUAAUAGUUAUGAUUUUAUUGGUCUCAUAAUUAUGAGUCUUAUUUCAUAAUUUAGAUUUUUGAUCUCAUAAUUAUGACAUAUUUCCUAAUUUCGAUUUUUAUCCCAAUAUUAGGACUUUUAAAUCUCAUAAUUUAAACUUUAUCCCAUAAUUUCGGCUUUUUAGCUCACAAUUAUGACUUUUUGUCUAAAAAUGUCAACUUUCUUACCUCAUUAUUUUGAUGUGUAUCUCAUAAUUAGGGCUUUCCCCCCCUCAUAACUUUAACUUAAUUACUUUUUAUUUAAUAGUUAUGAAUUUUUGGUCUCAUAUUUGAGUUUUAUUUCAUCAUUUUGUUCUCAUAAUUAUGAAUUAUUUCAUACUUUCAACUUUCUUAUCCCAUAAUUUCGACAUUUUAGCUCAUAAUUAUGACUUUUUAUCUAAUAAUUUCAACUUUAGUUAUUUCGAUUUGUAUCUCAUAAUUAGGACGUUUUCAUAUUUGGAAUUUUCACUUUUAUUUAAUAGUUAUGAUUUUUUUGGUCUCAUAAUUAUUAGUCUUAUCGCAUAAUUUAGAUUUUUGAUCUAUCUCAUAAUUUUUACUUUUAUCUCAAUAUUAGGACUUUUAAAUCUCAUAAUUUCAACUUUCUUAUCCCAUAAUUUCGUCUUUUUAGCUCACAAUUAUGACUUUUUGUCUAAAAAUGGCAACUUUCCUAGCUCAUUAUUUCGAUGUGUAUCUCAUAAUUAGGGCUUUUUUCCCCUCGUAACUAAAACUUAAUUACUUUUUAUUUAAUAGUUAUGAAUUUUUGGUCUCAAAAUUGAGUUUUAUUUCACCAUAUUGAUUUCAUAAUUAUGAAUUAUUUCAUAAUUUCUACUUUCUUAUCCCAAAAUUUCGACAUUUUAGCUCAUAAUUAUGACUUUAUAUCUAAUAAUUUCAACUUUAGUUAUUUCGAUUUGUAUCUCAUAAUUAGGACGUUUUCAUAUUUGGAAUUUUCACUUUUAUUUAAUAGUUAUGAUUUUUUUGGUCUCAUAAUUAUUAGUCUUAUUUCAUAAUUUAGAUUUUUGAUCCAUCUCAUAAUUUCGACUUUUAUCUCAAUAUUAGGACUUUUUUAAUCUCAUAAUUUCAAUUUUCUUAUUCCAUAGUUUUGGCUUUUAAGUUUACAAUUAUGACUUUUUAUCUAAAAAUGUCAACUUUCUUACCUCGUUAUUUCGAUGUGUAUCUCAUAAUUAGGGGCUUUUUUUCUCACGUAAUUUUAACCUAAUUACUUUUUAUUUAAUAAUUAUGAAUUUUUGGUCUAAUAAUUGAGUCUUACUUUAUUGUUUUGAUCUCAUAAUAAUGACUUAUCUCAUAAUUUCAACUUUCUUAUCCCAUCAUUUCGACUUUUUAUCUCAUCAUGACUUUUUAUUUAAUAAUUUCAACUUAAUUAUUUUAGAUUUUUACUUCACAAUUAGGACUUUUUUUAUUCACCAUUUUUACUUUUUAUUUAAUAGUUGUGAAUUUUUUGGUCUCAUAAUUAUGAGUCUUAUUUCAUAAUUUAGAUUUUUGAUCUCAUAAUGAUGACUUCUCAUAAUUUCGACUUGUAUCCCAAUAUUGCGUAUGUCAACACUCCAUAGGUGGACCACGCAUUGUCUUCCACUUUAGAGGCUCCACUGCAGCUGGGGGGAAUUGAAAUAUCAAAUUAGACAUGUCAAAGACUUUGUUAGUGACUCGCCACACGUCCAUCACCUGUACAUAAUGAUUUCUUUCACCGCGGAAAUGUUUGAUCUCUAUUUGGCGGUGGAGGGCGGGGCCCCGGCCUGAAUAAACAUGUCCUACCCAACAUUGCAUUCGCUUCAUGC